AUGGCUACGAGUGUUCCAAGAUUUUCUGAGUUAUAUGAUUUGAAGGAAGAAAUAGGACGAGGGGCAUUUUCCAUAGUCAGAAGAUGUGUUCAGCUCUCAACAGGACUAGAGUUCGCUGCAAAAAUCAUAAAUACUAAACGUUUGUCAACCAGAGAUAUGCAAAAGCUAGACCGCGAAGCAAGAAUUUGCAGACUCCUGAAACAUCCCAACAUAGUUCGCCUACACGACAACAUUCAGGAUGAAGGUUUUCACUAUCUCGUAUUUGACUUAGUAACCGGUGGUGAACUUUUCGAAGAUAUAGUUGCUCGAGAAUUCUACAGUGAAGCGGAUGCUAGCAAUUGUAUGCAGCAGAUCAUCGAGAGUGUGAACUACUGCCAUCAAAAUAAUAUUGUACAUCGAGACUUAAAGCCAGAAAAUUUAUUACUUGCCAGUAAGUCGAAAGGAGCUGCUGUGAAACUGGCCGAUUUCGGUUUAGCAAUAGAAGUUCAAGGUGACCAACCAGCCUGGUUCGGGUUUGCUGGGACUCCUGGUUAUCUGUCUCCAGAGGUCUUACGUAAAGAACCAUAUGGUAAAGCUGUAGACGUUUGGGCAUGUGGUGUUAUUCUGUAUAUCCUUCUUGUCGGAUACCCUCCAUUUUGGGAUGAGGACCAAAAUCGUUUGUACAGCCAAAUUAAGUCUGGAGCUUAUGAUUAUCCUUCGCCCGAAUGGGACACAGUUACUCCUGAAGCGAAAAAUCUCAUCAAUUUGAUGCUUACUGUUAGUCCUUCGAGGCGAAUCACAGCAGCAGAAGCCCUCAAACAUCCUUGGAUUUGUAAUUUAGAUCAACGAGAACGUGUAGCUUCCCUUGUGCACCGCCAGGAAACGGUGGAGUGCCUAAAGAAAUUCAAUGCAAGACGUAAACUAAAGGGUGCUAUACUUACAACUAUGCUAGCCACACGUAAUUUCUCCACUGGUCGAGGUACUGUCCCUGGAAGUCAUUCUUCUGUAACUAAAAAGUCUAAUGAUGGCAUAAAGGAACCUUCUGACAGUACUGUUACUGUAAUGGAAGACUCAGCUGAUGUGAAAAGCAAAAAACAAGAUAUUAUCCGGGCGACAGAACAGCUGUUAGCUGCUGCAGCUGCUGGAGAUUUCGAACUUUACCUUAAAUUUUUGGAUUCCCAGUUUACCUAUUUUGGUCCUGAAGCCUGUGGGAAUUUACUUGAAGGUGCAGAUUUCCAUAAGUUUUAUUUUGAACAGAUCAUUCCGAAGUCAGUUGUUCGUGCUAUUCAUACCAGUAUACUCAAUCCGACUGUACAUUUGAUGGGUGAAGAUGCUGCUUGUAUUGCUUACACAAGGCUCACUCAGUUUCUAGAUAAAUGUGGUAUGCCUCACACACAACAAACCGAAGAGACACGUGUUUGGGUUAGGCGUAAUGAUCGGGGUUGGCAGAAUGUUCAUGUGCAUCGGUCGUGUUUAUCAGCAUCUUCGGGUGGUGGGGGUUUCACAAAUAUUAAUUCCAGUGGAUCAGCUAGUUUUAACUACCCACUCUAAGGUUAAAAAGUAACGUUCAAAUGAAAACGAAAAUUUACUUGAGGAUUUGUGUAUACAUAUACUAAAGAUACUUUCUCACUUUAAUAUGUAAUCAUAUCUUAGAAAUUCGUGUCCUUUUUUGUCCUCUCUUCUUUUGAUUUUCGGGUGACAUUUUAAAAGAACACGACAAAUCAAAGAAUCAGGUGUAUCUGAUUUUUCAAAUAAGAUUUGAUUUGUUUUCUUUCCUUCUAUGCUUACGCCAAAUCCUUUGCUCAUAUUUGUUUAUAUGCAAAUUAGUUUUUUUUUUGUUCUCAGUUCCUUGUUUCGUGAUUGGAAAGACAGUUGAAAAAAGUUGAUAUAUCUCUUAAUUUGUUAACCAAUCUGGCGAUUGAAAUAUUAUGCGUGAUUUCUACCAGCUGGCUUGUGUCCUCCUCGUUCCAUACAUCUCUGUUUAUUUACUGAUUUAUUUAUUCUACUUAUUUCUUAAAAUGUGGGAUUUAACAUCUGACAUUCCACCUCUUUAACUCAAUUGUUAAUUCAUACCUUUUGAACUGAGAUAGAAAGAAUGAUUUGACACACACGCACACACUACUACACCAUAAUCUACAAAGAAGGCAAAAAGGUGCUGUUUGGAUUCCAUAUAAGAAAGUUAUGCCAGCAUCCAAUUUCAUUGUGUUAACUACUAUAAUAUGUAUGUCUAUUUUAAUGAGAUUUUCUCUUCAGAUCGUUUUAUAAGGCUUCAGCAUGUAAUAUGCUGGAUAUGAGAAAAACACACACAACACGUUGUGUUUCAAUUCAUACGCAUUUUGCAUAAUUUUACAGUUCAUUACUGUCUCUUACCCUUCUUUCCUCUUUAUUCUCAGUCUACUUUAUAUCAAACCUCACAGGUAUGAAUUAUUCUUCCACAAACCUUAUAUCAUGCUUCACGUCGUAAUCAUAAUCUAUCUGGGUUAUUUUUUCUUUUCCUUCCUGAAAAUAAUAAAAUGUAUGUAUCUCCAUACUUGUAUUAACUGUGACCAACUGUGAUGCUUUUCUGUUUUGUGGGUUUUUCUUCUUUUAUGUUUAAAUCUGUGUUUGCAUGUAUAUGAUUCGCUAGUCAUUUUUACCUGUGUUUGUUUACCCAGCUCUUUUGACAAAUUUAGUGUGUGCGCGCGCUUUAUUUGUUCGUGAUUCUGUUCAUUGUUGUUUUCUUUUGCCAAUCUCACACUGUCGCUAUGCUUCACACUUGUUUAUUUACACACUCAAUGCUUUUUGCAUAGGAUAAGUAUGUCUUUCACGCCUUUCGUAGUUAUUUAAUCACCAUAUUACUUAUCAUUAUUAUUAUUAUUUGUUGUCGUUUCUGUUCUAAUCCUUUUCUGCUCUGUUUCGGUAUUAUAACUGUCUUUGUCACAUUUCGUUUCGCACAACUUUGUCUCAUUCUCUUUCUUUGCUUCCUGUUUCUUCAUUGAUCCAGAAGUUCACGUUGACUUGUCAUGGUCUAAUUUGGAAUUUUUUUACUCUCUAUUCUGUAUUUGUUAUUAUUACUGCCAAUCACUGUGUACCUGGAAUGUCGUAAUUGACUACUUAUUAUUGUUAUUACUAAUAUUAUUAUUAUUAUUAUUGAUAAUAUUAUUAUUAUUUACGUACUUUGAAGAGUUUUCAAUUUCACUUAAAAAUGUACUUUAUAUAUAUUAUCUCUGCUUUUACGUUGUAUAAUGUUUGUUUCUCUAACAACAACAACUGUGCAUGAAUUAAUUACGUUUAUUUAAAUGUUCUCAGAAAUCUGACAGGCGAAAUCUUAUGUAUUUUUAGAACAGAAAUUAAGCAUGAUUAAAUUAUUGUCUCGCCUACUGAAACUUCCUGAACUAUUUAUUUAUCUGUUGUUGUUUUUUUGAUUUUCAUUUUUAUAAUGUAACAUUAUUCCUGAUGGAUGCUUCCAGUACAAUGAAAACAAUCUAAUACUCCUAUAUCUACUCUGACCUCUGUGUUCCCCUCCCCCUCCUAGCUCUAGUUCUCAUUAGAGAAUUUUCUUUCUUUAUUGGUCAAAUGUAUUAUUGAACUAGCAUUCAUUGUUGCUAGGUUAAAAUAUCUUUUUUUGUUAAUGUGUUCUUGUAUGAGAAUAUGUAUAAUCGACCAGUUAUCAACUAGUUACAAAGGUUUAUGAUGUUCUUAGUCUAGACCAAUGAUCACAGUGUAAUUGUACUCCUUUCUGCACUUUGAUUCAAAUCUGAGAAACCUAGACGCUUGAAAAUCCAAAGGCGUCUGUGUAUGUAAAUUUGUUUUUCUUUGCAUUACACUUUAAUUGAUUUCUAAUUUAUUUUAUUGCUAUCUAAAAGUUGAUAGAGGUACUAACUGGAUUAUGCUUUAAAUUAAUGUCUCGGUGAUGCUGUGCUUAAUUGUUGAAUUAAAUCGUCUGUUUGUUUUCCUUGUAGUAUUUAUUCGUUGUUCUCCCCACCCCACCCCACCCCCCCUAACUGUGACAUUUCAUGUUUCUUGCACAGGAAAGUUGAAACAGUUUUGUUGAUCUUUUCAUUUUAUUCACUUACUAUGUUGUUGAACGUUCGAAUGAUUAGGAAGAAAAUUACCAUGACUGAUUAUGAUUAUCCUAGUUAUCUGAGAGCUUUAAUCUCCUUGGUUGUUUACUCGUUAUUUGUUAUUGUUUCUUCCUCAAUUUGUUUGUCUCAUUUCUUUUGCUCACAGGUUACCAGUUGCAUAGCUGGUGUGGAAAAGCAGAAAUACAAACUAUUCUUAACACUCACUUGUGUUUUACUGUACGUAGGAUAUUUGCGGGCAGGUUUUUUACUUUUUUUGUGACAUCAGCGGUGAUUUCUUACAAAUUCUCUUCCAAUGUGUAUGAAUCACUUUUUAGCGUGUGCUCGCUCCAUAAAAAUCUGCUUUUGACAGUCUAUAAAAAUGAAUCUGCCCAGGAGAAAUAUGACAUUCGACGUGUCAUACAUAAUACAGUGUCCUAUUCAUGUUACUUCCGUUUUUACUGUGUUCAUAAUAGUAUUGUACGAAAGAAGUUUGUCCAGAAGAUUGACUAGAAUUAUAAAAGAAGAGAAUAUAAA